CAUCGAUCGGAUCGGUCAUUGGCUGCUCCUCUUCAUGGGCCUCCCCCUACACACGCACACAAAGAGUACACACACACAUACAUUCACCACUCGCUCUUUGUUACCUUCUCUGGCACUCAGCAAGUGUCUGCGAGAUGCUCUUCUGCUGCGCCACCAUCGCCCGGCUCUGUGACCGGGCUGUGUGGGACAGCUCAGAGAGCAUGAGAAUGGCCUGGAAUGACCUCUUCAGCUGGUCUCUGUAGAAAGUCACACUCUCGGACAGCUCGCGAAGCUGGACACACACAAUGAGAGCCAAUCGAUGGAUGGCCGGAUGUAUGUGGCCUUGCCGACCAUUCUCAUUUGUCUUCGUCUGAGUUUGAGUUUCUUAGGCACCACCGGCUCUGCCAACACGUGGGCCAUCUCUGCCUUCUCCACACGAGCCAGCUCCUGCUGCCAACGACCUGCAUUGAAUUGCAGUGCAACACGACCAACCAAGAGCACCAACAACACGAGCACGGAGAGUGACAUCCAAGAAGACUUGUUUCUGUAGCGAGUGCCUACCAGUCUCUGGGAGUUUGACUUCGUCUUCGAUGCUCUUCCGGGGCGUCAUGUCGUCCUUGAGAGACUUCGUGGACGACGACUGCCUGCGCCGAAACCUACACACAUGCAUUCCUAUCAUGUCUCCUGGUCUGUCUGUUGCCGUGUCGUGUCUCCCGUGACCGACGGGUGUACUCACCUUGGCACGGGUGGUCUUCUCGGCAUAUUGGGGUCGUGGAUCUUCCACCGCACAAGACGCUCAGGAUCUGAAUGGUGAUACACGUACAUAUGGACAUGUAUGCAUCACACAUACAAUUGCUUGCCCCCUCCUCUCUCUGUCUCUGUCUUUCCUCACUCACUCCUCAACCACCUACCCACCUACCCGGUUUGGCCACUCGAAUGAGGUGCGAGUACUUGGCCAGCUUCUGAUGAUGAUCAUCCUCAGUCACAGCGCUCCUAUAGGUCGUCAUGACCGAGUCCUCCUCCGGCAUCUGCGUGAUGAAUGGCCCGCUGCUGGACCUCCUCUCGUCCUGAGACCCUCGCUCCUGCGACCCUCGCGGCGACUCGCCCUGAGCACCCUGAGCACCCUCAAUGGCCGGCAGGGGCACCAGUGUUGCAGUGGAUGCCUGCUUGGCGGGGGGAAGGGGCGGCUGUUGCUGCUGCUGAAUGCUCGUCUGGGAAGCAAGGCGCAGAGGGGGCAGCUCCACGUGAGGAGACAACUCCUGGGUUGUCAUCACUGUGGCAAAACAGACGAGAGAAUCACAAAGGAAUGAACAGCUGUGUGUCGCCCGACACAUGCGUGUGACGACAGCCGGCAUUUCGCCCACCAGAUCUGGUUCUGGUUCUCUGGGUGGUAAGGGGGAGAGGGCGUUUGCGGCUCGCCCGGUCGGUGCUGGAGCCCACCGUCUGGAGGAACCGCUCGUACUGCGCCACGUGCUUCUCGUGCAGCUUCUGUAGACACUUUUUGUAGUAGGUGUGGGGCGCUGGGAGGGGAUUCCGGGCAAACUCAUCCGCCAGCUGGACAAAACACAGACAAGGGAUAGACAGACGGGCGGACAGAUGUGGUGGCGAAGAAAGAGCGGCCACGAUUGUACCUACCUCGAGGAUCUUCUGUUUUCGUCUCUCCCUCUUGGCUUCAAGAGCUGCUAUCAGUCGGUCCCUCUCCACCUUCUUCUGCUUCAACUCAGUCAUUCUGCACACGCACACAAAGAAAAACAGGCAUCCCAUUGCUAUGGGCAUUGGUGCCCCUCUGCAACAUGACUCAGUCACUGACCUCAUGGCCUGCAUCUCGCGGUCCCUUCUGGGCUCAUGCUCGGCAAUCUGAGCAUCCAACGCCUGCGGACAAGAGACAGACAUCAACAUAACGACACGAAUGCAAGUCCCUCCCUCCUUCCCUCCCUCCCUCCACGUCACCUGGACCAUCUUAGCGAAUCCCACAUCAGGUGGGGAAGAGGGCCGGGACACUCCCUGCCCCCCCCCGCCCGGCCCCUCUACGCGCGAGGUCGAGCGAGUGCCAUGGUCCCUCAGAGUGCGGGGCGGCGCCUUCCGCAGCACGGCCCCCUCCGGCGGCUGACCAGGGUUGGACGCGACGGCGCUCUCGAACUGCUGAUACGACUCGGCAAAGUCAGGAGCGAAAUACUGUUGACACACAGUAUGGAGGCAGGCAGGCAGGCAGGCGUGUUUGUGGGGCCCUGGUGUUUGUGAAGUGCUGUGAGCUGAUGUGGUUACCUUGGCGAAGCCCCGCCAUGACUUUGACUCCUUUGUCGUCAUGAUUGCUCCUCUUGAGACGGGAAGUCCAUGCGAGCUUCAGCUUGCGAGGAGGGCGCUGAGGAUUUCAUCCAUGCGUCUGACCAGAACACCUAGCUGCGUGAUUGUGGUGGUACAAAUGGCACCGCAGACGUCUCAGGAGUCUGAG